AUGUUCGCCCCCGGUGGCGAUACUAUCCUCGCUACGCCGAUGUCGCUCUUCCCCGCCGUCGCCUUCGACUCGCCCCAACUCCGCCGGUUCUUGCAGUCGCUCCCCACCGGCCACGACCGCCAGUGUGUGUUCAAGUACCUCAUAUUGGUGAAGCGGUACCGGGCCGACACCGCCACCGCCACCAGCGACAGCGUCGCCAGCUACAUGGCGCAAAAGCUCGUCAACAUGUUCCGCCGGAUGCCCCCGAGCGAGGCCGAGGGGGCCCGUCUUGACCAAAUGGUCACGGCGGCGUUGGCGGCGUUUGCUAGCGCCGGAGACGAUGUGUUUGCUGAGUACUCCCACAAGCUCACCAACCCCUGUGCCUCCCCGCUCGAGCUCGCGGCGGCCCACGCCGCCAUGAAUAUUGGCGUCCGCGAGCUCAGACGCGACCUUGUGCUUCGCCUUGAGGAGAUCUAUCUGUCGUAUCAACCGCUUAGCCCGGUCGACCACACCCACCUCUGGCGGGUGUUUGGCGAGGUCGAGAAACGGCUUUGUGCUGAGGACGACAGUAUCGACGCGUUCAUCGACGAAACCACCAUGAUCUUCGCCGACGCCAACGUCACUGCCUCCACCGUCGAGCGUGAUGCCCUCAGCUUCACCGUGAACAAAGGCGGUUCACAAACGGUGGUGACAUUAUCCUUCUGA